AUGAACCACCUCUACGGCAGCCCCCUCCCCUCCAUGGCUAGCCCUCCCGUGCUGUACCUCCCAGCCGCCCUGGACUUCGCCCCCAGCGGUGCCAUCUCCCAGCAGGACCCCCCGCAGAAGCCCCCCUACAGCUACAUCGCCCUCAUCGCCAUGGCCAUUAAAGAAGCUCCGGAGCAGAAAGUGACCCUCAGCGGCAUCUACCAGUUCAUCAUGGACCGCUUCCCCUUCUACCACGACAACAAGCAGGGCUGGCAGAACAGCAUCCGCCACAACCUCUCCCUCAACGACUGCUUCGUCAAGGUGCCGCGGGAGAAGGGCCAGCCUGGCAAGGGCAGCUACUGGACGCUGGACCCGCGGUGCCUCGACAUGUUCGAGAACGGCAACUACCGCCGGAGAAAGAGGAAGCCCAAAGUCCCGUGGCCGCGGGAGCCGAAGGGCAGCGGGCACCCGGGGCCGCCCGCCCGCCUCGACGAGCCCAAGAGGGCCGAGGGCAGCGCGGCGACGGCCUCGGGCGACGAGGUGGUGCCGGGGCCAGGCGGGAGGGAAGCUGCUCCUCCCGGGGGUCUCCCCCCCUGCGGCGGUACCUCGGCCCCCGCCGCCCCCCGGCCGCCCGCCGCAGCCGUCCCACCGGCCAAGAGCGGCCCUUGGGGCCGCAGCUUCAGCAUCGAGAGCAUACUGGCCCGGGGGCUGAGGCAGCCGCCCCCUGGGGCAGCCCCCAGGGCGGCCCGGGAGAGCCCCGUCGGUAGCCCUGUCGGUUCCCUGGUCGCUAGCGGCGGCUGCAGCCCGGCCUGUAGCGCCUCUCUCACGCUCGACUCCCAGGUGCACGGGAGGCUUUACCACAUCGGCAUCCCCUUCCUCUCCUGCUUCCCUCUCCACUUCUCCGAGGCGGUGUUUAAUUUGCAGUAG